GAGGGGGGGGAGCGAGAGAGUGAGUGAGUGGCUGAGUGAGUUUAUCCCUAUGAGGCGGUGAGAGGCCCGGGGCCUACCUUAAAGGAGCGGGGUCGCGGCGCCAGCUAGCAGCGAGCCCCCUCCCGGUCCCCGGGCCCGGCGGCGCGGCGGCGGCGGCGGCUCGGUUGUGAGGAGGCGGGGAAGCGGGUGUCCGGCCCCAGCCAUGGAGGGCAUGGACGUGGACCUGGACCCUGAGCUGAUGCAGAAGUUCAGCUGCUUGGGCACCACCGACAAGGACGUGCUCAUCUCUGAGUUCCAGCGACUGCUCGGCUUCCAGCUCAACCCGGCCGGCUGCGCCUUCUUCCUGGAUAUGACCAACUGGAACCUACAAGCAGCAAUUGGCGCCUAUUAUGACUUUGAGAGCCCAAACAUCAGUGUGCCCUCUAUGUCGUUUGUUGAAGAUGUCACCAUAGGAGAAGGGGAGUCGAUACCUCCAGAUACUCAAUUUAUAAAAACGUGGCGGAUCCAGAAUUCUGGGGCAGAGGCCUGGCCUCCAGGGGUUUGUCUUAAAUAUGUCGGGGGAGACCAAUUUGGACAUGUGAACAUGGUGAUGGUGAGAUCGCUAGAGCCCCAAGAGAUUGCAGAUGUCAGCGUCCAGAUGUGCAGCCCCAGCAGAGCAGGAAUGUAUCAGGGACAGUGGCGGAUGUGCACUGCUACAGGACUCUACUAUGGAGAUGUCAUCUGGGUGAUUCUCAGUGUGGAGGUGGGUGGACUUUUAGGAGUAACGCAGCAGCUGUCAUCUUUUGAAACGGAGUUCAACACACAGCCGCAUCGCAAGGUAGAAGGAAACUUCAACCCGUUUGCCUCUCCCCAAAAGAACCGACAAUCAGAUGAAAACAACUUAAAAGACCCUGGGGGUUCCGAGUUCGACUCGAUCAGCAAAAACACAUGGGCUCCUGCUCCUGACCAAACCGAGCAAGAUGAGAAUAGACUCUCACAGAACUCUGUAAAUCUGUCCCCCAGCAGUCACGCAAACAACUUAUCAGUAGUGACUUACAGUAAGGAAUCUCCUCUACUCUAGGAGAUGGCUAUGAGAGAGCUCUGUCUACCAGCUUACCACCUGGAUUCUAGCACCCUUGCUAUUACCUGGGAUUUGGGAGCUAGAAUUCCAAGCUGCAAAUAACUUUUCCUGAAGUCUUUACUGAAAGGGGAGAUCAAACCCAGCCAGUAUCCUUCAUCUCCUGUAGAACUUUAAAUAAUAUGUUUUCAUUCACAAUUACGUUUGAGUUUUAUUCUUUAUGGUGAUUUUCUUCAUUUGCCAUGAAGUAGGUGAAGGCUCUGGGAGUUGCCUUUGGCCAUGGGGAGCUUUAGAUGGACGGGAGGAAGAAUGCAAGGAGGGCGGAGAGAUGGAUGAUGAAGGGAGGAAGAAUGAGGGCUGCAUGAUGAAGGAUUGGAUGAAUGGGUAGAGGGAGAAUGGAUGGAUAGAUGAGGAGGUCCCCAGCAUGGCUAUAAAAGUCAGUUAAGAGCAGCAGAAAAACUGUGCCACAGAGGUAAGUAUAAAAAUGGUUUUACAGGGCUUUUUUAAAAAAUAAAUUUGUCACACUUACAACUGAAUCAAGCUUUGCAGCAGUUUUGGCACAGUGAGAAGACUAUGAACUGAGCCUGCCCCAUGAUCAGCCCUCGUGCAUAAAAAUAGGUUUCUUUUCUUUUUAAAGUUUGUUUAUUUGAGAGAGAAAGAGUACAGGUAGGGAGGGGCAGAGGGAGAGAGAGAAUCUGAGAGAGAGAAUCCCAAGCAGGCUUCACACUGAGGUGGAGCCCAACUUGGGGCUCAGUCUCACGAACCUGGGAUCAUGCCCUGAGCUGAAAUCAAGAGUUGGACACUUAACUGACUGAGCCAUGCCCUGGUUUAUUUGCUUUUCUUUGGCUGAUUCUCCUACUCGUGCUCAGCCAGUCCAUCAAACGUGUCUUUGAAAUUUUGAGGACUGUCCCACAAAAGUGGCUUGAACACCAGUGUUAAAGCUUCUGCAGAAGUUCCUGUCCUGCUAACUUGGCACUCCUAUACCACUAGGAAGACUCGUUAAGCUACUGGCAGCCAUUGAGAGAAGGGUCCUUGUUUGAAUACUCUUGAGAGUCCUCAUUGCCCUUCCUAUUACUCCAAUAGAGACUAUUUCUUUUAAUGUUUGUUUGCUUAUUAUUUAUUUACUUAUUUGAGAGAGAGGCAGAGAGAGAAUCUCAAGCAAGUUCCAUGCUUAGCACAGAGCCCAACGUGGAGCUCUAUCUCACAAUCCUGAGAUCAUGACCUGAGCCGAAAUGACAAGAGCCGGAUGCACCCCAACUUUAUUUUAUUUCUAAUUAAUGAAGAGACUAACAGGUUUAAUCAGGGCUUGGUCAGUCUCUGGCCCUUACCAGCGAAGCAGCCCUGUGCACAGGACCUCACCACACCAUGUUUACAAUGCAGGAUCAGGACAGAACUUAGUACUAAACCCUGUAUUCUUCUAUGUUUGCAUUCAGUGUACUUAGUGAUACAAGAGGAACACUAGGUAGACGCAGCGCUGACCAGGUUUGGCCCAGGAAAUGAGGAGGAGGAGGAGGAGGGCCCUCGUGGUGUUAUCUGAUGCUGCCAUCAGUAUACUCUGGGAGAGCAUGUUAUUUCACAGCCUUGCAGCAUACGUCCUGUCUUUUUAUUAACCUGUGUGAACCUUUUCAUUUAUUUAAAUCACAAAUUUAAAGAAGCAAAAUAAAGACAGGAAGUGAAAGUCUCCAUGUUGUGGUGCUUUAUCUAAACAACUAGCUUUCAAAGAGUAAAAGCAUAACCCAGAAAGCCCUUAUAAGACAUCCUCGUUUCAUUAGACAUUUCAGCUCCCUUUAUCCGCCCCCCCCCCACCCCCCCGGAGUGUUAAGAAACAGAUGGCUCGCCAGUGUGGAGUGGUUCACCGUUCUUUCACUCAUUCGUUUUACUGAUAUUUGAGUUUUGCCAUAUGUAAGGCAUAACGAAUUGGCAGAAACAGUUUCUACCCUCUUCAAGGGCAUCUUGCUCUCAUAUCCCUGCACUUACUAUACUGUUGAAAAUUGAUGAAGAAACUCUUAAAAAAUAUUCUAGCUGAAACAGUACCAGUAUUCUGUCUUUCUGGUACUCUGACAUACAGUUAAUGUUUUCCCUCAGUGACAACUUUUAGUACUCUUUUUUGGAAAAGUUAUUCUGAUUUCUCUCUAAUUUUAGGAGAACUUUUGCAGGUGCACACCCACAUAGGAUCAGUGAUAACCAGAUUGCUGGCUAGGAGUGACUCUGCUGAUAAACUAUUGUGAAAAACAAAUCAGAGAGAUAGUACUUUUAGGUUUGCUUGAAAGCAAGAUCACAAGUACUGGAUCUUUUUAGGAGAUUGUGGUGAAUGGGACUGAGCCUCUGUUUCAUGUCUGUAAAUGUUGUCUUUUACAAAUAUGUUAAAAUAUGUUAGAAAAUUAGCCAAAUAAUGGCUCUCCAUUGUUUUUGCAUUGUGGAAGUGCAGUUCCAGACCUAGCCCAGCUACUGUGAUGAUUCGGCUGGCUUGAGGCCAAGGUCUUCUUCCCGACCCCAGCAGAGAGGCACCUCUGUCUUAGCUGGCGGGGUGGCACUUCUGUGCUUUGAGAGGGCUUGCCUGGCCUGUAGCCAAGUAGAACUUAGGUCCCAGGGCUCAUAGGUACUGCAGCUGUUGGUGAAAAGCUUAAGGAAGGCUGAAGCACACAGGCAACACCUCAGUCCUUAUGGACCUAAAGGCCGUCUCUCCUUUGCCAGAACCACUUUCUUGUCCCCUAGCAGACGUAGCCUUUGAAAGCGUUGAGGACUGUGCAAGUUAGGUGGGCCCUGGGGAGCUGGCCUUUAGACCUGGAGUCAGAUGCAGGACUUCUCCUCAGAUUUGAUUAUUCAUAGCUUCUGUUAGCAUAGAUAAAUCCAGCCUUGCUGCUAGUCCCUACGUGGUGAGAGAAGGGUAGCCUUCUGCAUCAGACUCCUCUGAGUUUUGCUGUCAUGCCGACAGCCUCACUUUUCUCUUAAUCCAUUCAUUUCAGGGCUCUCUGGUAAUUACCAUCUGAUGCACCUAUCCCUGUUUUCCUUAUUCGUAGAGGCACAACUGUUCUAGGAGAGGUGUCAGUUGAUGUCAAGUUAGUUAAAAUAUUUGGCAUUUGCUUUUCCAAUGGUUAGAGGUUGAAGAGUUGCUAGGCCCCAGAAGAGAAUGAACAUUAUCUCUGUUGCCAACCCCUGCUUUUAGGCUGGGGUAGGAGACAUUAGCCACCAGGACCUGUUACACUGGGUCCUGGAACUCCAGUGCAACCUGAAAUGUGGAUGGGCCUCCCGUUUCGAAUAUACCUCCAUCCCACUGUUAGGAAAGGCACUUCCUGCUUGGCCUCCUGCCAUAGGGCGCCCUGGACACGCUGUUCUUGGAAUCUCUGCCAGGCUUUUCCUCCACAACUGGUAUUGCAUUGCCUGUGUUCUGUGAUCCAUUUGUGACACCUAUAAUCCUGCAUGUGGGGAGUCUAGAUGAUAAAAUCGUUUUGAAAUAGAGUUGGCUUCCUCUCCCUUCCUUGAAGGGAUGGUAGUUAAUUUGGCAGGGUGUGGGGUGAGUGAGAAUAGAGUUUGUUCCUCAAGCUACCUUUCUGCACCAAUUAAAACAUCAACAACUUCCAAUAUGCCAUUCUCUGGGUGAAAGGGAAUUAGAUAGCAUUUUUUCCCCCAAAAGGCAUGGAACCUCAGCUAUUAGGUAGAAGGUCAACAAGUUCAUGAUCUAAGCUAGUUACACACAACACCGGAUGUCACUCAGGACACUCAGGUGGAACUCUGAAGAUGCCCAUUAUGUCUUUGUCCCUCUCCCUGCCUUUAUGUCUUUUACAGGACCCAUUUAUUUACCUGUAAAAUGGGAAUGUGCUGCAGUUCUUGGCAAAGGCACGAACUCCCUUCCCUAAAGCACUCUACACAAGUCACAAGGCUAGUAGUACCUGCUUUAGAAAGGCCCAUGUGAAGUGGGUGGAGCUUUGGUCUGGAAGACAGUUACAUUUAGGGAAAAAUACUUCAUAGACAACAAAUGCUGUUCGUUUUUCAGGUUUUCAUUUCUCUGUGCAUUUUUUCCUGCACAGAGACCUUUGAGCAUUGUAUUAGUUCUACAUCUUAUGGGGAUCUAGGGCUUUAUUGCUUUCCUUGGGUUGUUCCAGAUGAAUAAAUGCUGGAAAGUACUGAGCACAGCUUGUUUUAAGCUUCCAUACUUUCUACAUCUGGUGUGUGUGACCUCCAACCAGGCCCUGUAGAAUGGAGUCCGAGAGCCCUUCGCUCCCCCAACCCACCCUUCCUUGUUAAUCAGGUGGUACCAUGGCCGCUGAGAUAGUUACAGCGUCAGCUUGCCUGCUGGAGGUGUGGUUGGCUUGAGGGGUGGCAGACAUGUGGCCAUUUUAAACACCUUUUUUUUAAAAACAAAAAAUGUUUAUUUUGAGAGAGAGAGACAGAACAUGAGUAGCGGAGGGCCAAAGAGAGAGGGAGACACAGCAGGCUCCAGGCUGCUAGCUGUUAGCACAUAGCCCAGUGCAGGGCUAGAACUCACAAACUGUGAGAUCAUGACCGGAGCUGAAGUUGACCGACUGAGCCACCCAGGUGCCCCGACAUGUGGCCAUUUUCAACACACUGCUCUUACCAGUUCUGUGCCCUUGAUUCGGUUACCUCUCUGAGUCUGGCUUGUCUUAGUGGAUCUUUGUGAGAACUACAGAGAAUAUGUUACAGUGCCACAGCAGCACCUGGCAUGGGAUUGAUGCUCCAUCCGUGUUGGCCUGCCUGCCUCCAAAUCACCUUGUCAGGAUUUUUGGUUCAGUGAUGCCAGCCACCAAGCAGCUAGACACACACUUCUGGUCUUUUGAGGCUUUAUGUGGGUGAGGGGAAAAAAGCAGAAGCAAUUUUAGUACCUUCCACUGAGAACACUAUAGAAACUUUAAUCUCAUGUUCCCUAUUCUUGGCAGCUUUGACCUCUGGCCUAAGCAUGACCAAAGGGCAUUCUUUCCAUUCUUUCAUGGAGUCCUGUUUUUCAGCCUCCUAAGUCAGGUGCUGUGUUGACUCCUAGAACUUUAAAUUCUGGGAAGAUUUAGAGAGGAACCUGAUGAGAUCCUGUGAGGGGAAGGGACCUUACUCAAGGUCAGUUGAUGAGGUGGUGCAAAGCUGGGAGUAGAACCCAGAUCCCUUUCUCCCAGUUCUGCAUGACCUAUACCCCACUGUAGUGGAAACAGGGAGGGUCUUACAUCUCUAGCCUAACCACCUCCAGAGAGCCCAGGCCUAAGCAACUGUUUUAAAAAUUGGUUUUGGAAGAGCCAGUAGUCUUGUGACUUAGGGGUAUCUGACACCUCAGGCAGUAGUCUGGGAAAUACCUGUCCUCUUUUAGCUACUAAGUCACCAAGAGUUUACUGGGGACCUGUUGGGCUAAGGAGGUGGAAGCGAACAAAACAAAGUCACACUGAAAAGGAUUCUAAUCACUGGCCACCCUGCAGCCAAGCACUGUUUUCCCUCCACAAAGAAAUGUAUUAUUUGGGGGUGGGGGGUGCCUGGGUGGCACAGUCAGUUAAGCAUCCAACUCCUGAUUUUGGCUCAGGUCAUGAUCUCACGUUUUGUGAGUUCAAGCCCCACGUCAGGCUCUGCACUGAUGGCAUGGAGCCUGCUCGGGAUUCUCUCUCUCUCCUUCUCUCUCUGCCCCUGCCCUGCUCAUGCACUCUCUCUCAAAAUUAAAAAAAAAUGUUUUUUUAAAAUGUCAUUUUUUUAAAAAGACAACCAAAUUCUGACUGCCCACAUCCCAUCAAGCUAAUAGAAAAUUUGAUAUUCAUCACUUUUAUGCCUUCUCACCCCGAAUUUUGUCUAGAUUCAGGAUUCUUAACAUAGUUGUCAAGCAUUAGGAAAUACCCUCUGGUCAUUUGUCAUGGUUAUGGCAGAGGCACCUGCUCUUGGUACCCAUUUGGUCCCUUUGGUCCAACGGCCCUGCUGCUUCUAGGCCACUUUGAGGAGUAGGACCCUAGUGAGGCUGUCACCAGUUAACUGUUGCCCUCCUAGGUCUUGGCAUUGACUGGUCUUUCCAGGGAGCACGCUCCAGGAGGAGGGUGGGAAGGUGGAGGGAGGCACAGGUCGUUCUCCGGCAAGUUCAUGCAGUUGCUCUUGGUGUUAGCAUAUCUUAGUGUCUCAUUCUUAACAUGAGGGGAAAAUGAGACAUGAAAUGAAGCCUUUUCCCCCAGUCAAGCAGCACAGAAAAUACCCUUGGGAAUUGAGAAGAAACCCUUAUCGUGUGGCAAGGGGAGAGGCAACGUGGGGAGAACAGAAAUUGGACUUGGGUUAGAACCUUGUCUCUGCCUUUUACUACCCCUGUGACUUUGAACAUGUCUUUUAGUCUCUGCAGUCAAUGGGCAUAGUUAAAUGAGCAUACUGACACUCACCUGGCUUUCAGGGUGAGGCUUAGAGACAAUGUAUGCAAAGGUCCUCAUACCAUGUCUGUUAUCUAUAGAUAACAGACAGUUGCCAUUUCUGCUACAGUAUUGUUGUUACUAUAAGGGUCAUUAGCCAGAAGUCGCCUACAUCUGAAGUUAAGGUGCAGAAACCAGCAUACAGAGAUCUUUAGCAGAGAGGUGGAGACAUUGUCCACAGGGGAGGAAGGCUUUGUGAACUGGGUGGAGGAAAGUUGGCACUGAUUGAUCUAGAAGCUGAAAAAUGAGGAUUACCCCCCUAGCCUCUCCUCUCUUUGGAUGGUGUGAUAGAGUGAGAACACUUAGCAACUUGAAAUGCUGAUGUUUGGCCUCUGAGGUUUUGCGUGGCAAGGAAAACCCACAGGCUUUGUCUGUGCCUUGGGGUUUUCUUCUGGCUCACGGGGAACCAGGGAUUCUUUUACUUGUUUUGAUUGUCUAAUUGUACCUUCUCUGUUUACCAUCACUGACUAUGUUCACUCUC